AGCCAGCCGCCAAAUAAAGCGUGCGAGAGGCACGCCGGGGAGCGAGAGCGCAGCGAGGGGCGCCGAGACGCGGCGAGCGACGGACAGCGAGACUGACGUGGCCAGCCAAGUGUCAAGCGGCCCUUGGCCUCAGUGCCAGAAAAGGCAGGUGCGUCGCGCGGGCCAAGGAAGGGGUGAUGCUGCAUGUGUCGUUGGCGAUGGACGGGGUGGGCGGAUAUGUUCGGGCCGGUGCCGGUGCCGGUAGUCGAUAGGCGAAGGCGAAGGCGAUAGUCGAUGGUCUAUGCGAGUGGUCGAUGUGAUGCGAUGCGAUGCGAUGCCGGUGCGAUGCGAUGCGAUGCAAACGACUGCAGCAUCUGUCCGCUUGUCCACACUGUCUCAAUGCAUGUGGCCAGCUGCUGCGCUUUCUGUCUGGUUCGUUUUUUUCUUUUUGGUUUGGUGGGUUGGGCGGGUGUCUGCUCGUGGUCCAACCAGCUCAUCCAACCAGCUCGCCCAACGCACCCGUUCAGCCGACUCAUCCAGCACACCAUCCCAUCGACAUACUCUGGUAUCUGCACCACUUCCCUCCCCAGACAGCACACCCAUCAUGCCGCGGCUCACGCUCAACACCCUCGACAUCAAAAACAAACAGAAACGUGAGGAGGUUUAUCACAAGCUCAAGGCCGAGAAGGCCCGGGCCAAGCUCAAGCGCCGCCAGCAGCUGAAGAAGGAGGAAUCCAAAGCUCCCGAGCUCAAGGACGAGCGCCUGAAAGCCAAUGUGCCCAAGACCCUCGAAAGCACCCGGGAAGAGGACGAGACCCUUGUCCAAGACGACGAGGAGGUGUUCCAGGAUGAGGACACGGACGAGUUUGCCGAGUAUUUCAACAACGGAAGGCAGCCCAAGAUCCUCAUCACCACCAGCAAGGGACCGUGCUCUACAACAUACGAGUUUGCCGAGGAACUUGUCACCGUCUUCCCUGGAGCCGAGUUUAUCAAGCGGGGCAAUCAGUUUGACCUGAAGCGCAUCAUUGAGCUAUGCCAGAAGCGAGACUACACCGACGUCAUUGUCAUCAACGAGGAUCACAAGAAACCCACGAGCAUGACCUUUGUCCAUUUGCCAUAUGGACCCACGGCCCAGUUCCGUCUCUCCUCGAUCAAGCUCAACAAGGAGAUUUCCGGCCAUGGCCGUGUUGGCCACGAAAAGCCAGAGCUCAUCCUCAACAACUUCAAUACCCGUCUGGGCCACACCAUCGGUCGAAUGUUUGCUGCUCUCUUCCCACACGUCCCAGAGUUCAAGGGGCGGCAGGUUGCAACCUUCCACAAUCAGCGAGACUUUAUCUUCUUCCGGCGGCACCGCUAUAUCUUCAGAGACGGCAAGCGCUGUGACUUGCAAGAGAUUGGCCCGCGGUUUACCCUGAAGCUCAAGAGCCUGCAGAAGGGCACCUUUGACACCAAGGGGGGCGAGUACGAGUGGAUCUUCAAGCCCGAGAUGGAGACAAGCCGAAGACGGUUCUUCCUGUAGCAACUAUGCGUUUGACUUGGACGGGCUUGAGAGGCGGCGCUCGCAGGGCACAUGGCACUCUGUUCCGAGGACGCCGAUCGCCUUUGUUCUGUAUCUCGAAUACACUCAUGUCUUUGGAUCCCAGCGGCCGCCGAUCUUUGCGACAGCGGAUAUGGGCACUAUGGAAUAUGGCUGCGAUGGUUUGGCCCUCGACGACCAAUGCGGAUCACUG